AUGAUGGAAGAGUAUUAAGAACGUAAAUUAUUUCUGAUUAUCUUUGAAAGUGAAUAAAUUGAAGAUGAUUUUAAGAAUGAAGAAAUAUUAACAAAUAUGGAAAAAAUCAAACAUUUUUAAUGGUAAGGUGAAUUUGGGCAAAAAAAUAAAAAAACAGGGAAGUGGAUAGCUAUAUGGAAUGGAAAUGUUCUUUAAGAAGUUGGUGGGUACUACUAGAAUGGCUUAAAGGAGGGGCUAUGGAAAGAACCCAUUAUGAAAUAUUCCAAGUAAAUAUAAAUUAAAAUCAUAAUUAUAUAAAGCAAAGCAUAGCUAUAUGAAGUUGGUGAAUAUUUAAAUGGGAAGAAAAGAGGGAAUUGGAUAUAUAUUUACAAUAACAAAAAAAUGUAUUCAUUUUUUAUGAAUUUUAUAGUAAGGGUGGAUAAUACAAUGAGUACGGCUAAAGAACUGGUAAAUGGACAUAUUUAAAUGAUGAGUUUCAUAAAAUAUCUCAAGUUGCUUAUGAUGGAGAAUAUAAAAAUGGUAAAAAAGUUGGCUAAUGGGAUAUUUGGUAUAAAGAUUACAAUUAGAAUAAACUUAGAUAAAUGUAAAUAUUUUAAAAAUAUUAUAUCUAUAUAUAGUGGAUGUGGCUUAUAUGAUUCAACAAAUGAUGGGUAUAAAAAUGGGAGAUGGAUUGAAUUAAGCGACCAAUUUAGAAUGGAUUCUUAAAUCACUCUUGAUGGUUAAUAUAAAAAUGGUAAGAAAGUUGGUAAAUGGAAUUUUUAUAGGAAAACUUAUAAUGAUUUUGAAAAGAUGUAAUAAAUAUUAUCUCAAAAUAUAAUAGUGGAGGCGGAUAGUAUGAUGAAGGAGGAGAUGAAAUCAAAAUAAAUCAAUGGGUUGAGUUGAAUGAGGAGUUUAAAGAUGACUGUAGAGUAACUUAUAAAGGUGAAUAUCAUAAUGGUAAAAAAAUUGGUAAUUGGGAUGUUUUGUAUUUUGGAAAAAAAAUGUAGAAUUAUAUGAAUAAAUAUUUAUGUCCAUAAAUUUAGAGGUGGAGGAGUAUAUGAUAAAAGAGGUAAUGGGUGUAAAAUUGGAAAUUGGAUCGAAUUGAUCGAGGGGUCUAAUGAUAUUCCUAAAGUCACUUUUAUUGGUGAAUAUUAAAAUGGUAUAAAAGUUGGUAGAUGGGAUAUUUUUAAUUUUAAUAAUAAGAUGUAAAUUAUUGUAUGAAAUAUUAUGUUGGAAUGUUUUAGUGGUGGUGGAUUAUAUGAUGAAAGUAACAAUGGAUGUAAGAUCGGGAGAUGGGAAGAAUUUGAUUAUUUAUCAUAAAUUACUUGUCAAGGUAAUUACAAUAAUGGUACAAAAGUGGGUAGAUGGGAUAUUUAAUGGAAUUUAAAAUCCAAUUCAUAAAAGUAGGAUUAUUAGAUAUUAAAAAUGUUUAGUGGGGGGGGAUCGUAUGAUGAAGGAAGCAAUGGAAUGAAGAAUGGUAAUUGGAUCCAUUUGAGUGAAGAUUUUGUUGAUAGUUAUAGAUAAUAUAAAUUUAUAGAAGUUGGUGAAUAUAAAUUUGGUAAAAAAAUUGGUAGAUGGGAUAUUUUUUAUAGAGGGGAAAAGCUAAUAUAAUCUACAGUAUUGUAAAGAUAUAUUUUCAAAUAUUAUUUUAUAAUAGUGCAGGUGGUUCAUAUGACGAUGAAGGGAAUGAGUGUAAGAUAGGGAAAUGGACAGAGUUAAGUGAUUAAUUUGAGGGUAUUUCUUAAAUUACUUAUGUUGGUGAUUAUAAAAAUGGGAAAAAAGUUGGUAGAUGGGAUAUUUGGUGUCAUAAGAAUAUUAUGGAAAAAAAAAAGGAUAAAAUUUAAUAUUAAAAAACAUUAAUUGGUGGUGGAUAAUUUGAUGAAGUAGGUAAUUAAUGUAAGAUUGGAAAAUGGACUGAGUUGAGUUAUGAUUUUUCAGAUUUAUAUUAAGUCAGUUACAAAGGAGAAUAUAAAAUAGGUAAAAAAAUAGGUUUAUGGGAAACUGAAUAUAAAGGAGUAUAAGUGUAUAAAAUAUUAUGAAAAAUUAUUUAGUGGUGGUGGAUCGUAUGAUGAAGAAGGAUAUGUCAUUAAAAUUGGUCCAUGGAUUGAGUUGCACAAUAUGUUUUCAGAUAAUUGUUAAAUUAUUUACAAAGGUGAAUAUUAAUAGGGUAAAAAAGUUGGCUCUUGGUUGGAAAUGAAGAGAAAGGCAUAUUAAUUAGAUUUUAAAAGAGGAAAAGUGAUAAAAUAUGAUGAUUGA